AUGGCCGGCCUGGCUCUGCUGGGCCUCUGGGCUCUGCUGGGCCUCGGAGCGGGGGCCCCGCUGUGUCUGUCCCGGCAGCUCCGGACGCGGGGGGACUACGUGCUGGGGGGGCUCUUCCCCCUGGGCGCGGCCGAGGACGCGGGCCUCGGCCCCAGGACCCAGCCCAACACCACCGAGUGCACCAGGUUCUCCUCGCUCGGCCUGCUCUGGGCCCUGGCCAUGAUGAUGGCCGUGGAGGAGAUCAACCGGGGGUCGGCCCUGCUGCCCGGCCUGCGCCUGGGGCACGACAUCUUCGACAGCUGCUCGGAGCCCGUGGUGGCCAUGAAGCCCAGCCUGGGGUUCAUGGCCGAGGCGGGCGGCCGCGACGUUGCCGCCUACUGCGACUACUCACGGUACCGGCCCCGCGUGCUGGCCGUCAUCGGGCCCCACUCCACCGAGCUGGCCCUGGUCACCGGCAAGCUCUUCGGCUUCUUCCUCAUGCCCCAGGUCAGCUACGGGGCCAGCGCAGGCCGGCUGAGCGACCGGGAGGCCUUCCCCUCCUUCUUCCGCACCGUGCCCAGCGACCGCGCCCAGGUGGCGGCCGUGGUGGAGCUGCUGCACGCGCUCCAGUGGAACUGGGUGGCCGCCGUGGGCAGCGACGACGAGUACGGCCGGCAGGGCCUGAGCCUCUUCUCCAGCCUGGCCAGCGCGCGGGGCCUCUGCAUCGCCCACGAGGGGCUGCUGCCGGCGGCCGCGGGGGGCGCCCACGGCCCGCAGCUGGGCGCGGCGCAGGGGCUGCUGCGCCAGGUGAACCAGAGCCGCGUGCAGGUGGUGGUGCUAUUCUCCUCGGCCCGGGCGGCCCGCGCCCUCUUCAGCUUCAGCAUCCGCUCCGGGCUGGCGCCCAAGGUGUGGGUGGCCAGCGAGGCCUGGCUGACGUCGGCCCCGGUGCUGUCCCUGCCCGGCCUGGCCCGCGUGGGCACCGUGCUGGGCUUCCUGCAGCGGGGCGCCCCGAUGCCCGACUUCCCGGCCUACGUGCACGCCCGCCUGGCCCGGGCCGCCGACCCCGCCUUCUGCGCCUCGCUGGACACGGGGCAGCCGGACCCCGAGGGGCACGUGGCGGGGCCCCGCUGCCCGCAGUGCGACCGCGUCUCGCCGGAGGACGUGUCCACCGGCCUCCUGCACCACCAGGCCUUCUCGGCUUACGCCGCCGUGUACAGCGUGGCCCAGGCCCUGCACAACACGCUGCUCUGCAACGCCUCAGGCUGCCCCCCACGGGCGCCCGUGAGGCCCUGGCAGCUCCUGGAGAACAUGUACAACAUGAGCUUCCGGGUGCGGGGCCUGCCGCUGCGGUUCGACGCCAGCGGGAACGUGGACAUGGCCUACGACCUGAAGCUCUGGGUGUGGCGGGACCCGGAGCCCGAGCUGCGCACGGUGGGCAGCUUCGACGGCCGCCUGCAGCUGCAGCUGUCCCAGAUGCGCUGGCACACGCCCGGGAACGUGAGGCCCGUGUCCCAGUGCUCCAGGAAGUGCCAGGAGGGCCAGGUGCGCCGGGUGAAGGGGUUCCACUCCUGCUGCUACGACUGCGUGGACUGCAAGGCAGGCAGCUACCGGCGCAGCCCAGAUGACCUCUUCUGCACCCCGUGCGGCCAGGACCAGUGGUCCCCCGACAGGAGCCUGCGCUGCUUUGCCCGCAGGCCCCGGUGGCUGGCCUGGGGGGAGCCGGCCGUGCUGGUGCUGCUCGCGCUGCUGGCCCUGACGCUGGGCCUGGUGCUGGCGGCCCUGGUGCUGUUCGUCCGGCACCGGGACAGCCCCCUGGUGCAGGCCUCGGGCGGGCCACGGGCCUGCUUCGGCCUGGUCUGCCUGGGCCUGGCCUGCCUCAGCGUCCUCCUGCUGCCUGGCCGGCCCCGGCCCGCCGGCUGCCUGGCCCAGCAGCCGCUGCUGCACCUGCCCCUCACGGGCUGCCUGAGCACCCUCCUCCUGCGGGCGGCCGAGGUCUUUGUGGAGGCGGAGCUGCCGCCCGGCUGGGCGCACCGGCUGCGCGGGCACCUGCGGGGGCGGCGGGCCUGGCUGGUGGUGCUGCUGGCCGUGCUGGCGGAGGCGGCGCUGUGCACCUGGUACCUGGUGGCCUUCCCGCCGGAGGUGGUGACCGACUGGCAGGUGCUGCCCACGGAGGCGCUGGCGCACUGCCGUGUGCGCUCCUGGGUGGGCUUCGCCCUGGUGCACGCCGGCAACGCCGUGCUGGCCUCGCUCUGCUUCCUCGGCACCUUCCUGGUGCACCGCCAGCCCGGCCGCGGCGAGGGCGCCCGCAGCCUCACCUUCGCCAUGCUGGCCUACUUCAUCACCUGGGUCUCCUUCAUGCCCGUCUUCGCCAACGUGCACGUGGCCUACCAGCCCGCCGUGCAGAUGGGCGCCAGCCUCCUCUGCGUCCUAGGCAUCCUGGCCACCUUCCACCUGCCCAGGUGCUACCUGCUGCUGCGGCAGCCGGCGGGCACCUCGCCCGCAUCCUCCCUAGGAGGGGGUCCGGACGGUGCCAGCGGGCCGGGCGGCAGCAGGGGUGGAGCCCACGACCCAGCGACCUCGCCCCAGGGCGCCCAGACCUAG